GAAAUUAAAUAUGCCACGACGACCACAGUCUGCCAAUGAUGCAGCAAUCACUCCCACCUCAAAAGGCCCAGUUGCUGAAGAUACGCAACCUGCCUCUCUUGUAUCAACAGACGCACCCAACGGUACCAUUCCUCAAACUUUAGAAGCAAUAGAAAACGCGGAAGCACAUGCCGAAGAAGGGACUCUUGAAGAAGAAUCAGCAUUUCGCCCACCGCCUUCAUUUAACGGCCGACUCGACCAAUUUGCCUAUGUGCGGCGACCAACAACGAGGUCUAUGCAGAGCACAUCCACAUCAACCUCUGCACCCGCAUCGCCAUCCUCAUCAUCAUUAUCAGCCAUCACCUCUCCCAAGACCCGCACCAGCACAAGAGCCGCCUCAUCUGCUACCACCGCCUCCGCUCUCUCACCCGUUCCCGCUAACGCCCUUCUCUCUUCCCCUUCCAAACGACGCAUCACCGAUUCCUCAGACGCCGCCUCACUAUCUACAUCACGGACCCCAUCGCCACGAAAGAAAGCCCGGCGCUCACCCGCAGGCUAUGCCCCUCCCUCACGCUACGCCCACUUACCUCCGUUGCCGGACGUGUUCGCGCCUAACCUCAUCUGCGUCUUCAUCGGCGUGAACCCCGGCGUGCGGACCGCUCAGACGGGGCACGCAUACUCGCACCCUUCCAAUUUAUUCUGGAAACUUCUCCACUCAUCGGGGCUUACAUCGCGGCGCUGCGAAGCUCGCGAAGACGUCGACUUACCACGUCUCUAUGGGCUAGGAAACACAAACAUUGUUGCCCGCCCGUCCGCGAACCAGAGCGAACUAAGCAAAGCCGAAAUGGACGCGGGGGUGAGCAUUCUCGAGGCAAAAAUACGACGAUGGCGGCCUGAAGCAGUGUGUAUUGUCGGAAAGGGCAUCUGGGAAAGCAUAUGGCGCGUGAAGCACGGGAGAGGGAUCACAAAGAACGAGUUCCGUUUUGGAUGGCAAGACGAAGAAGAAAACAUGGGCACGGGACAUGGUGAUGGAAGUGACAUUCUCGGUGGCUCGGAAACCAUGAGAGAAGAUCAUGCGCAGAUAAUACACCAUGUGAAGCGGGAUCCGGAUUGGAAUGGCGCAAAGGUGUUUGUAGCGACGAGCACGAGUGGUCUCGCAGCAUCGUUGAGACCCCAUGAGAAGGAAGCUAUUUGGAAACCUCUGGGCGAAUGGGCAAUCAAGAGACGCAAAGAGAGGAAUGAGUGGGUGGAUAAUUGAGUCACGGGUAUUUUCUGUUCAUUUUAUUGCCAGUGUCUUUCCCCCCUUCACUGGGCCAUUUUCGAUCUCAGCAUUGCGGAACUCCUUAUCAUGGCGAAAUACUUUUUGCAUAUAUACCCCCUUUGAGAUUUAUAUAUUCUUUUGAUUUUCAUAUCAAUUGGCCCUCGACUCCCCG